AUGGGCGACGAGUUGAAUUGGAAUGAUAUGCCGCCGGAAAUGAAGGAGAAAAUACUCAAGUACACAGAUCUGAGAACCACGUAAUCCGCCAGCGAGCAGAAGUUUUAUAACUAAAAAGAAAAUUUACAGAAUUCAAAUGAGAAGAACUUGCAAAUCGAACCAAUUGAUAAUCGACAACCAGGGACCACUGCUGGAGUUGAUCGAAAUUGCGAUGGUCUUAGGUUGCCACUCGAAAGUCCGAAUCCGAACAAAGAACCACCACGAGGAGCUGUUUUUCGCUUUCGACUUUGACGUUUCCCAGCGACCACCCUUCGGAAGAGCCUUGAAAAAACGUCCUCACGAAACACCGUCUUUUUCCCAUCUUGUGGACGUUUUGAAGAACGCGCGCAUUCAGACAAUAUUUUUGAAGUGUCCGAUGAGCGCGCAGCUGAGGGAAAUGCUCGAGGAGCUCGCGAAGCAAGUGUCCUUCCAAAUCACAAACUUCUGGAUUUCUGGCGCCGAUCGCGAGGUCCUAUUCUUCUUUUUGGAUAGAAAUGAGGAAAAUGUGAAGAAGAUUCGGCUCGGCGGACAUUUAUCGACGCCGUGCGAACAUAACCAGCGGCUGUGUGAAACGUGUUUACGAGAAAAGGGAGAAUUCAAUUAUUUGCUUGCCUGUAGAAAUGUUAGAAUUUCAUUUUUCGCUCUUUCUUGACCGAAUAUCCAUUUUCAGUUCGUCCGCACCAAACACAUUCAAUUCACACCGACCUGCUUGGCAGAUUGGCCUGUCAUCGAGAAAAUCACCAGAGUACAUUGAAAACAAACUUGUUUUGAUAAAGGAUUGAAUGAAAAUUUUGCAGAUGUGGAUUGAAAAUGACGUGGAAAUCGGGACGAGAAUGGUGCAUCUCGCACAAAGAAUGCAAAGGUUCACCACUUUCGCAAACAUGUUUCCCGAGCGAGUUGUGUAAGAAUUCUAAAGAAGAACAUUCGUAAAAUGUAUUUCCAGCUCGAAAAGGAUCUAUCAAGUGCGAAUCCGAACCGACAAUAUCCAAAAGCACAUUUUGCUGCGCGUCAAUCAGUUACCUAAUCGCGGCGAAGCGCUCACUUUCCUCGUGAUCCCAGCCGAUGAUCCGGCCCCCGAAGAAUCGGUCGUCAUCUGGAGUACGACCUGAUUUUGUUUAAAUCUGUCAAAAUUGUUAAGCGUUUCUAAGAAACUGAAUACUGCUGUUAUUUAUCUCAUUAUUUAUUCUGUUCCAUUCAUGAAUGUACUUCGAAGAUAUUUUGUGUUUGCCGGGGGGCCGUGGCUGUCUCGUGCUGGCCUAGCAUUCGCCGCACUAAUCGGAUUUCUUCAUUUUGUCGUCGUUUUUUCGGCUACUUUAAAUAUUUGCGUGUUGUGUCUCGCUAUCACUUGUUCGUUUUCGUAUUCACUUUUCACCCCAUUUUCAGACCAGAAAAUGAUGUCGUCAAGCAGCGGCGGCGGCGAAGUAUCGAUCCAUUCGGGAGACCUGCUUCUCGGCACCCUCUCCACCUCGAUUUCCAAAUUGGAGCAGCAGAUUCGCGCGACGCAAGUAUCCCAGAAGAAGCUCAAUUCGGAUUGUGAGACUAUGGCCGAGGUGAGGCCUCGAUUCCUUUUUUCUUCCGUCGGAAAACUUGAUUUUUGUUCAGUAUCUACGGGAUUUGAGCGAGUACGAGCAGCCGGUCGACCUUCUGCCGUACGUCGGAAAACUCAAUGACUCGACGAUUCGGGUGAACAACACGCACAAGGUUUUGCUGACAUUUUUUGCAAAAAUGUAUAAUUGUUAUGCAUUCCAGAAGCUCGACGAGUUGCUGGACAGACUGACGAAACUGCAGAGACGGAUUGCGCGCGAGACGUACAAACAGAAGAACUCAAUCAAAGAGCAGGAGCCGCCCGUGCAGCCGGAGCACUGA